UUCUCGGUUCUAGACAAACCAUCUCUGGUGCUCUGGGAGGAUUAAGUUCAGUUGGCAGUUGACGCUCUGCUGUCGCCAAGGACGUUUGGGGCAGAAAAAAUGGCUUUCCUAAUGAAAUGUUGUACAUUAAUCGUCAAUGUGUUAUGCUUGCCCCUUCAUCUGAUCCAAGCGGUCGGUCUGUAUGAACUAUACAAACGUGUCUUCCCAAUUUGGUUAUACCGGUUUUCUAAAACGUACAACAAGAAAAUGUACGACAAGAAGAAGGAGCUGUUUCGCAGUCUCCCCGAGUUCAACAAGCCUGGCGGGACGCUCACAAUCUUGGAGAUCGGCUGCGGCACCGGCGCAAAUUUUGAGUUUUAUCCGCCUGGUUGCAAGGUGAUCUGCACUGACCCGAACCCUCAUUUUCAGAAAUAUCUGAAGAAAAAUAUCGGCGAGAAUGACCACCUCACCUUCGAGAGAUUUGUGGUGGCAUCGGGGGAGGACAUGGGGUCAGUUGAGAGCGAAUCGGUAGACGUUGUUGUCUGCACUCUGGUGCUCUGCUCUGUCAACAACAUAACCCAAACUCUGCGAGAGGCGCGUCGCAUACUGAGACCAGGUGGAGCCUUCUUUUUCCUAGAGCAUGUUGUUGCAGAUCCAUCAACUUGGGCAUACUUCUUCCAGCAUGUUCUGCAGCCUCCAUGGUACUAUUUUGGUGAUGGAUGUGAGGUCACCCGGGAAACAUGGAAACAUGUGGAGGCAGCUGGAUUCUCUGAACUCAAACUGAGACACAUCGAAGCGCCACUUAUGUUCAUAGUCAAACCACACAUCAUGGGUUAUGCUGUAAAAUAGGUUCUGUGUCAUUAGCUUUGUCGUAAGCUUGCCUCACAACUAGUGCAUGAAUAUGACAAGCAGUUAAUGCCUCUCCUUGCCUUUUGUAAUAUGACUGAACACCAGUGAUCGCCAGCCAAUUUAAUACUAAUUUUAUUUUUGUAUUAAAAAAACUUUGGUCUUUGUGUUUUGUAAAGACACAUUGACACCUUGAUUAAAACCAUUACAUAGACAGCACACAAUACUCACUUUGUAUGCAGUUUAAGUAAAAAACAUGUUUAAUCUUCUAUUCGUCAUUUCCCAUCUCCAAGUUUUUGCUGAUAAAUCAAUAUGAUACUGCCAUAGGGAAUUUCUGCCGUCAGUGUUUAUGUGUGCUGCUGCUAGAUUAAUUUCAUUGACAUGACAGUUGUGUUAAUAAAAACAUAUUUUUUUGCUGUUAUUAUUAA